AUGAUACUUUUUUUUAUUGCUGUUAUUGAGGGGAUAGGUAUUUUUUUGUGUGUGCCUACUCUAGCCGCCUUAUUCUUCACACAAAGAGCUAUUUUUGUAGAGAAAUCGUUUCUUUUUUACAUUUCAAUGGAGAUCGGGACAAACACAUUUAACAAAAUAAGUAUUUCAAGUAAGGAACUUGACGAGUCGCUAAAUAUUUGCUAUUGCAGUAUUAUCUAUGAUUUAAGUAUAUUUUCACGAAUCGUCCUAAAUGGGUGCGGUUCCCCAAAAAUUAUUCGUAACAAAAAUUAUCAUCAGUACGCGCACGAAAUUAUAUCUUUGAAUGAGGUUUAA